CCUGAGAAGCACAACCACUUUAUAGAUCAGGUGAGAAGAACCUGAACACUCUUUCUCUUCUAGUCUUAUUUCAAGUCAAAAAUUCCUUUUUCUUGCCUUUCCUGCCCAGUCAAAGUCCUACACCUGUUUGCCUCAGCUGACUCUUACUGGGACACAGUGAAGCAACCAUUGAAGUUUGGUUCUGCAGGUCAACAUGUUUCGAAACGGUGGAGCUAAAAUGAGGGUGUGUGUGAUGCUGUUUGUUGUCUUGCUGUUGCUGAAUGGAGCUCUGAGUGAAUCUCAGAGAGAUGACUCGGUCAUUAUUAGAGAUCCAGACAUCAGUGCCUCCUGGUACACAGGCAGGGGGAUCAGACCUCUUGGGAGAUUUGGCCGAAAAGCUGCAAGAAGAAAUGAACUUCUGGCUUUCAUCACAGCCAGAGUUUAUAGACCAACAGCUGACAGCGGCGUUUGGAUCACACAAUGAGAACACUGUGGAUCGUUGAAUAGCUGCUAUGCUCUCAUUUUUUUAGGUUAAGUAAUGGAUUUGGUCUUAGAUUUAGGAGUUUUCUAACAUUACAUUCAGUUAUUUUCUGUAAAUUCUAUAUAAAUAAUUUGAAGAAUGUGUAAGAAUAUCAGCAUGUAAAGUUGAAAGUGCUACAAUUAAAGGAAUUCAUAAAUUAACUAACACAUAUUCAGACCUCUGAGACUGAAAAGGUUCGAUCAAUAAUAAAAUUGUUUGUUUUAUGAUAAUGGUCUAAGACAGAAAUGCUACAACAAGAACUGACAGCAAAACUGGAUGGAGGCACCGUUUAAUAGAAAUACUCAUUAUACUCAUCACCAUAACUAUGGCAUCCAAGGCAACAGCUGCAUAAGAGAGAGAGCAAGCAACCGCCGGACAGCAUUACCUUCAGUCACCAAAACCAGCUUACACACACACACACACACACACACAGAGGAUUCUGUUGGGUUUAAAUGGCACUUCUAGUGUGUGUUUUGGUCAUUAAAAAAUAAUAAUGGGAAUACAUCAUGUGAAAAUUCGUACAGAAUACUAAUACUAAUGUUUUAUGGGCACUCACUGCCUCCCUGUGAGGAAAACUACAGUGUUGUUGUGAAAUAUUAUCCUUUGUGA